GAACAUCGUGCUGGCAUCACACCUGAAGCCCCUAGAGAAAAAGGACAAGAUGGGUAAGAGGAGGAACGUGCUGUGGAAUCCCUGUGCAGCCCACGCCAAGGCCCCACAAGCCAGCGACGUGGAAAUACCCCAGGAACUGGAUCAACUGCCCAGAACCUCUGCCGAAUUUUACAGAGAUUGGCGCAGAUGCUUAAAAAGCGGAAAAGAAAAGUACCAGCUUUUGCUUGAACUUGGAGGGAAGGCCUUGGGCAGAAUCUUUCAGGCUGACUUGGGCUUUGGCCUCCUGGGUGAAUUCCUUACGGUGCUGGCAGAGAACAUCUGUCAUGAAGACAGAGAUGCCAUCCUUCAGAUCUUACAGAGCCUUUCAGGCACCAAGCGCUUCGGGUUAAACGUGGAUCUCCUGAGUGAGUCGGAGAAGGAGAGUAGCAGGGAUUUGUUUAGGAAGCUGCGGAGCAUGAGCAGGGAUUAUUGGACCGCUGGCUGUUCCAGCAGCCCAGCCGGCUGCGAAGCAGAGAGGGAAGACCACGUCAGGGACACCAGCCUGCAAAGGGAAGCCGAAGAGGAAAGAAUGGUGAUGGAGCUAUUGAAAUGUUACCAGGUCAACUGA